AUGGCUUCAUGUACCACACCUCCUUCGCUCAUGCUCGCUCACCCUCAAGACCUCUCUUCUUCUCUGCGCUUCUUCUCUCACUGUCACAGGCCAACCUUCUCUCUAUGCUCUCUCGUCUCCAAGCCCUCUUCCAACUGGGUCCAGCUCAGCUUCCGAAGAGACCCCAAAUCCAGGACCUGCCAUGCCGUCGUCGCCGCUUUGGCUGCCGAGGUUGAAGUGACCGAAACUGUCGACGACACGGCGGAUGGACUGGACGAGUCUGCCGCCACCGACACUGUCACCACCCCCAAGCCUAAGAAAGGCAAGGCUGCAUUGCCUCUCAAGAGGGAUAGGACAAGGUCUAAGAGGUUCUUGGAAAUUCAAAAAUUGAGGGAGCGUAAACAAGAGUAUGAUUUGAAGACAGCAAUAUCUUUGGUUAAAGAAACAGCUAAAACCAAGUUUGUUGAAACAGUAGAAGCCCAUUUCCGCCUCAACAUUGACCCUAAAUAUAACGAUCAACAAUUAAGAGCAACAGUAAAUCUGCCUAAGGGAACUGGAAAACCGGUUAAAGUGGCUGUUCUCACUCAAGGUGAAAAAUUCGAUGAAGCAAAAAAUGCUGGAGCUGAUUUGGUAGGUGGAGAAGACUUGAUAGAACAGAUAAAAGGAGGAUUCAUGGAGUUUGAUAAACUAAUUGCUUCUCCAGAUAUGAUGCCUAAGGUUGCUAUACUAGGGAAGAUUCUGGGACCAAGAGGACUGAUGCCAAACCCAAAAGCUGGCACUGUAACACCUAAUAUUCCUCAGGCUAUAGCAGAAUUCAAGCAGGGAAAAGUUGAAUACAGGGCAGACAAAACUGGAAUCGUGCACUUACCUUUUGGAAAAGCCGACUUUUCAGAAGAGGAUCUACUUGUAAACUUGCUUGCUGCUGUGAAAUCAGUAGAGGCAAAUAAACCUUCGGGUGCUAAAGUCGGCUGUCCCGGGUGCCAUUUAGGAGAGGUGAUAUCUGCGGGUAAAUGGUCUGCAUACAGUGUGAAGCAUGUUUAUGUUGCCAUCAAUCUUAAGUUUGGAGGUAUUGCAACAUUGCUGCAUUGCCAUGUGGGAGUUAUGGGCUGUUCUCAGGAUGGUAAUUGUUACAGGGGUACUUUGUGCUGUCAGCUAAUUCUAUUUAUCAUCUGGCUUCCUACUUUUAAAGAUGCGACAGCACAGGAAGUUCAUGCUAACCAUAGAAAAAUGUCUUCUCUGGUAGAGUUAGCUAAGGAACCUGCUUCGGGUGAAUCCGGACUCUUUGACCCCAUAGAAAUAUCACCUUCUGUAUUACCAAAAUUCCCAUACCCCACUGAGUCUUUGCCACCAAUGUACCCUACUUUCCCAACCAGAUAUGAACCAAUUUUAACUGGAAAAUGUCCUGUGAACUUUUCCCAUUCAGAUAUAUCAAACAUACUAGAUAAAACAGCAUCUGAUUGUUCUGGACCUUUGGCAGCCCUUGUAGGAAAUGUAAUAUGUUGUCCUCAGUUUAGUAGCUUGAUCCACAUCUUCCAGGGUUUCUACACCAUGAAGUCUGAUAAUUUGGUUUUACCAAAUUCAGUUGCCAAUCAUUGUUUUUCUGAUAUCAUUAGUAUUCUAGCCAGUAGAGGGGCAAAUAGUACGAUCCCCACACUAUGCUCCAUAAAAUCAUCUAAUUUUACAGGUGGGUCAUGUCCAGUGAAGGAUGAUGUUACACUUGAAAAAACAGUCAAUACAAGUAAGUUACUUGAGGCAUGCAGCACUGUUGAUCCACUUAAAGAAUGUUGCAGACCUGUUUGCCAGCCUGCGAUAAUGGAUGCAGCACUACAGAUUUCUGGAAGACAGAUGACGAGUAACAAUAAUGAAAAUAUGGCUGGAGAAGUGAAUCACACUGAUUAUCUUAAUGAUUGUAAAAGUGUGGUUUAUUCAUAUCUUUCAAAAAAGCUAUCAUUUGAGGCUGCAAAUACUGCAUUCCGAAUACUGUCUGCAUGCAAAGUCAAUAAAGUUUGUCCUUUGACUUUUACGGAGCCUGCAGAAGUAAUCAAUGCAUGUCAGAACAUAGCUGCCCCAAGUCCUUCCUGUUGUAGUUCAUUAAACACGUAUAUCGCGGGGAUACAAAAACAAAUGUUAAUUACAAAUAAACAAGCUAUAAUAUGUGCAACACUUUUUGGAUCUUUGUUGCGUGGAGGUGGAGUGAUGACAAAUAUUUAUGAGCUUUGUGAUGUUGAUUUAAAAGAUUUCAGCAUACAAGCUUAUGGACAACAAGGAUGUUUACUUCGGAGUUUGCCUGGAGAUGUGAUAUUUGACAAUUCAUCCGGCUUUAGCUUUACAUGUGAUUUGAGUGACAACAUUGCUGCGCCCUGGCCAUCAUCAUCUUCAAUUACAUCUUUGUCACUCUGUGCGCCUGAGAUGUCAUUACCAGCUCUCCCGACUUCACAAACAUUAAAAAAUAGUGGUUGUAAUUCCGGUGGAGUUGGAUUGCUUGUGGUUAUUUUUUCAUUUUUCAUCUUCAGUACGCUAAAUCCCCCUUUUCCUCCCCAUUUCCACGGACUGACUAACACUGAUUCGGAAAAAGGGAAAUGGAAAAUGCUGACUUAG